AUAAAAGCUUGUGUCUCUUCAAUUACCUCGAGUUCUAUUCCUGCCGCAGCCAGUGAAACAGUCAGUUGACGGCUUUCAUUCAAAAUUGUAUACUGCUAAUCAUAAGCGAAAGGCAGCAAACUUUGACUCUUCGAGAUGUCCGGAUUGAGUGCGCCCGAACUCUCGACAGUUAUUUUAAUAAAAAGAGGGGAAGGUGAAGGAUAUAUCGGCUGUCACAGUAACAACGUUUUUUUGCAACUACUCAUCCUGCUCAUAACGCUAAAAGUAGUGAGUGGGAGUGGGUCGCAUCAUUCGGGUAAGGAGUGGCAUCCACUUUAUAUGCGAGAGCUUGGCGAAGGGGACGUCUUGGAGACGAAAAAUCACCACCUAUUAAUAGCAAUCAAUAAUACUCACUAUGUAUCGGCCACAAAGUAUGGCAAAAAUCACGUUGACAUCUCCAUUUCGAACCGAGGCUAUUCAGACACAGAGGUAAAACUAAUUGGGGUCAAAUCAGACUCCAAAUGGAGCUCAGCCAAGCGAGUAGCUCUGGCGAAGAGAAUGUCAGGAAGGUUGUACCCUUACGCAAAAGUAUCUUUUUGUCGUGUUGAAGAUUAUAUGAAGUACAUUGUGCACGGAACAACCACGAAUUCCUCGACCUGCCCGCUCAAAAGGAACUUAAGGGAUGUGAAAAUCAACGCUAUCGAAUCCCCAGAUUUUUACUUGGAGGACGGUAAUGGUAAAAAAGUGGUCGUGGAUGAACUACCUGAAAACUAACCAUGUGGGAAACUACAUGAAGGAAAUUCAAAGCUCACGGAGGGUAGUCUUUCAUUACCUGUUUCAUUGUUCUGAAAUUUGACCAGUCAGAUUGUAAUUAUUAAUUGAAAGCUGGACGUCUCCUUCAACCCGUAUGUUUAGCAAUCUGCCUCCCGCUCCUCCCCAACACAUACUCACAGUUAAAAGUGUUGACAUUCCGAUGUGCACGCACAUUCAAGCCAUUUCGAUCUCAUUACACAACAAUGAAUCCCGAUGAAUUCGUGCGGCGGGAAGCUUGACCCUCAAUUGGACGUAUUUCUGUCAAACGGAACUAAGCGCCAUGGAAAAGCAUUGCGGGUAUAGGACGGAACGAGCCCAACGCCCGUUUCCGUCGCCAGUCCAAGCCCCCCUCUAAAUUUCUCUCCCUAUGGCGCUUAGUUCCGUUUGACAGAAAUACGUCCAAUUAACAAAGUUUGGUUCUCG